AUGAAAAUUAUUAAACCACAAUGGAUAUCUCACUCUGGUCUAUCAAUUUAUUCAAUUGAUGUACAUCCAGAUGGUACAAGAUUGGCAACAGGUGGUGGUGAUGCUAAAAUAAAAAUUUGGAGUGUUGCACCAAUAUCUCUAUCUGAAGUUGAAAAUGACGAAAAUACACCAAAAUUAUUAUGUUCAAUAGAAAACUCUCAUUUUCAAACUGUAAAUAGUGUCAAAUGGUCCAAGGAUGGAAAAUAUUUAGCAUCAAGUUCCGAUGAUAAGUUGUGUAUGAUUUGGGGGUUAUCAAAAUCAAACUAUAUGAAAUCUUCAGUUGAAAAUUGGGUUUGUGUUGCAACUCUUAGAGCUCAUUCUGGUGAUAUUUCUGAAGUUAGUUGGUCACCAGAUAAUAAAUAUUUAGCAACUUGUAGUUUUGAUAAAACUAUUAUUAUUUGGGAAACAUCAAAAUUCGCUAUGGUCACAAAAUUAGAAGAACAUAAAGGUUUUGUAAAAGGUUUAACUUGGGAUCCUUUAGGUAGAUAUUUAGCAUCUCAAUCAGAGGAUAAGAGUUUAAUAGUGUGGAGAACUUCAGACUGGGUAAUUGAAACUGUAAUUACAGAACCAUUUCAACACAAUGGAAACUCAUUCUUUUUAAGACCAAGUUGGACGCCUGAUGGUCAAUUUAUAGUUGCAACACAUGGUAUUAAUAAUGCUACACAUACUGGUGUAUUAAUUCAAAGAACUGACUGGAAGUUAGGAUUGGACUUGGUUGGUCAUAAAAGAGCGGUUGUAGUUUCCAGAUGUUCACCAAUUAUUUAUAAAGAGUUUAAAUUCAAAGAUAGAAAUUUCUGUUUAAUUUUAUUAGGUGGUCAAGAUUCAACAAUAUCAUUAUGGUCUUCAUCAUCACCACGUUCACUAAUGGUUGCUCAUUCACUAUUUGAUCAAUCAAUUCAAGAUAUUUCAUGGUGUCCAGAUGGUUUAUCAUUUGUAGUAUGCUCCACUGAUGGUACUGUUGGUUAUAUUUCUUUAUCAGAAGAGGAAAUAGGGGGUACACCAAUUACUGCUGCAGAGAAACAAACAUUCUUUAGAAAUUAUUAUGGUGAUUCUGUUCAGCUUGAUAAGGAUGGAAAUUUAAUUUAUGGAGGUGGUAAUAUUCAAUCAUCUGCUGCAAACAGUGGUAGCCAUGCAGUUUUACCUGAAAAUCCUGAUCAGUUAGCAAUGGAAGAGUCUAUUGGGGGCAGUGGUAAUAACAGCAGUAAUGCCCAAAAUUUAGAAAAUAAUAAUAGUGAUUUACCAACACCAACCACAACAUCAAAUAAAGAAAUUCAACCAACUCAAGUUGCAUUACAAAAUCAAAAACAAACUAUAGUUAAUGGUAAAAGAAGAAUUACACCAAUUUUUAUUGGUAAUAGUUCACAGAAUAUAACCAAACCACAACCACUUGCUAUACCAUUACAUCUUCAACAACAAGUUUCAAAAACAACAUCGCCAUCACCAUCAACUACAGCAACACCAACCAUAUCAAAUGAUUUAAAUGGUACACCUUUUAAGGGUGGAGUUAGAGAUGAUAUUGUUAUGGAUGUUUCACCUAUCCAAGAGAAAUUAAUGCAACGUGGAAGAGAUAAAAGAAAAGAUGAUGAUGAUAAUAUUAUAGAUAAAAAGCCCGUCACCACAAGCGAUAGAGAUGAUCAUUUUAUUUCAGAUUCAUCUAGUACACCUCAUCAUAAGAAAAAGAAAUCUCACCAUCACCAUCACCACAAAGAAAAAGAAUCACAACAAAAAGAAUCACAACAAAAAGAACAACCAGAAAAUAAUUUCCACAACCAAAUUGUAUCAACAUCAAUUCCUUCAGGCUUUAGUAUAGCGUUACCAAUCAUUUCAAAUAAAAUAUCAAAAAAAAUCAUAACAGAACCACAACAACCAUUAAAUCAAAUUAUGAAUAGAUUUUCAGAAACCAAUACAACCACCAACCAACCAUCACCAUCACCACCAAUUGUUGUAGAUGUAAAUAUAGUAGAAACCGAAUUGCACGAUGAAACUGUUGAAUACUUCUCGAUGAUUAGAUAUUUAACCUAUGAUACACAACUUUGGGAAGUUAAAAUACCGGGUAGGGUAACCUUGGUUACUGGUAACAAGUAUUGGUGUGCUGUCACAACUCAAGAUUCAAUUUUACACGUUUUCAAUAAGAAUGGUGCUGUUAUAAUGUCAAAUUUAGUAUUAAGAAAUCAAAUUUCCUUUUUAGAGAGUAAUAAAACUACUCAUCUUUUAGCGAUUACAUGUGAUGGUUUUGUUUCGGUUUGGAAUAUACUAAAGAAGAAAUCUGUAUUGUCUAAUAGAGAGUUACCUUUCAUAAAGAAUAGAGAGAACCUUACGAUUAAACAUGCUUUUGUCACUGAAGAAACUGGUAAACCCAUUGUAACUUUUUCAAAUGGUGAUAGUUUUGUAUUUUGUAAAGAGGUUUCGGAAUGGGUUAAAAUAACUGAUAGAUUAGGAGCUCUCUCAGAGUUUAAUAGUGUCGAUACAUCAAAUACUGGUAUUUUAUCAACUCUCCAAAAAAUGGGGAAUAAACUUGGUAAUAGCGGCAUUGGAUCUAUUUCCUCUGGAAACAAUAGUAACAAUGCUAAUGACAACGCAACCUUAUCAAACUUACUUGCAUUAACCAAUAGUGAAUCACAAUCAAAUCAACAACAACUUUUAUCAACUUUAUUCUUAGAAAAACAACUAUGGUUAUCACAGGUUUUAGAAUCACCACAAGAAUACCAUCAUUGGUUAUUAAUUUAUGCCAAAUAUUUAACAAACUCUGGCUCUAUUUUAAAACUUCAAGAUUUAUGUACAGAUUUACUUGGUCCAUCAUCAACUUUAAAUAUUUUGGAUGAUAUUGAUAGCAAUACAAGUUUUAACACAAGCCAGUUUAAUAGUUCGUCAUUAUUUAAUAACCCAUUAUCAAGUAUUAUACCAUCUUGGGAAGCCACUAUUUUAGGUCAUCAAAAAAGAAACCUUUUAAAAGAAAUUUUACCAAUUAUGGCAAGUAAUAGAAAUCUUCAAAGAUUAGUAGGUCAAUUUAGAGAAUCUUUAAAUAAUUUUUCAAAAAAUAUAAUUUUAUCCGAUCCAUUCGAAAAUUUAAAAUAG